ACUCGACCGUGUGGUGGUGAGGGGGUGAGCACCAGUAUGUCCAGGUAGUUGAAGUGGGGAGGGUCCCUCGGCCAGCGUGUGUGUGUGGAGAGCCAGUAGAGAGAGGGAGGGACCGUGCAGUGCACUGCUGAGGCAGGUUAUCACGCUUGGCCCCCUUAAGAUUAGUGGCACUGCAGAGAGGAUUGGUGUGAAAGAAACAAGCCUGAGAGAGAGAGAGAGACUGAGGAAGAGGUGAACAUCACACAGAGAGAGUGAGGGACAGGGAGAAAGACUCGUUACCAGGGAGAGAAAUAGAGGUGCCUACUCUGCUCCUGAGGUUAUGCCUGCCAGUAACCUGAGACGUGUGCUGCCACUGAUGAAGAGGAUCACACACAGGGAAGCCUCUGCUCAGGUUUUGUGAAACGCGGAGGAGGGAGGUGAAGGGCAGCCGCUGCCGUUGUGUGUGGUGACGGUGUCGGAUGGCUCUCUGAAUGAUCCUCAUUCACCCGCCCCCCUCGUGCGGACACACACAUCGUGCCACCCCAUCUGUCCCUCUGCCUGACCGUCCCCACGGCGGCACCCGAUGCUUGGUUCCGGUGCCCGUUUGAAGCAGUGGCAGCAGGGUCGGCAGUGGUGCCGGAUCAAGCGCCUCUCAUCUUCAGUGGGGAGGCUGUUGCACUGAGGGGGAGGAGGGAGAGCUGGAGCGUAUGUCUCCAUGAGCAUCCACAUCAGAGCAGUGGAGUGGCCAGACCAAAAGGCCGAAGCCUCCUGGAGACGCCUCGACACGCUGGACUCUCGGCUUUCAUCUGCUUCUCACAUACCAGCCUGUGAAGUGUCUACUGUACUAGAUGGACGGAGCAUGGGGUGCUGCUCAAUGCACUAAAAGGCAGUGGACACUACACUAGACCUGUCCACCAUUUACUAUUAUUUCUUUCACGUUUUUUGUUUUGUUUUUUUUGUGGCCUUACAGGUCAUCAUGAAUUAUUGAAUGGGAAUGGGAGCUGUUUGCUGAUGGGGACGCUAAGCGUUUGGUUUGAAAUUCAGAUGGAAGCCAUUCUGCUGUGGGGGAUCGGGAAUUCGCCAGACUUCAGCAGGAACGGCUAGACACACUCUCCACUAUCACGUCUGUCGCCAGCUUGACAAUACCACACUCUGGGCCAGGUUUUCUUUUUUUGGAGCAGAGAGUUAAAGAACAAAAGAGAAGGCCGCAGAAGAAAAUAAAGCCAAAUCUGCAAUCCCUCACCCCCACUACGCCACCUUCUUUAAAACUCAACCUGCAAAAUAUUCACACUGAAUCAUGAAACACACUUCAAAGGAGGUGACUCUAAAGGACUCUUUUAAAAGUGCAACUGCCAGUGUAAAAGAGAAAAGCUGAGUGGGAUAUUUUUCCUGCUUUCAGAGUGACCUUGUACAAAAAAACCCAAGCUAAGGAGAUCCAAUUGAUUACCCACUUUUAUGAUUAUCUCCGAAGUGUUUUUUGUCAGAAGUGAACACACCUACUGCAGAUGAAGAAGAGUCCUCUCUCUGGUCUACUGUAACACACCUGUGAUCUACAGCUUGUUGAAGAGCUUGUUUGGAUUAGACUCUCCCUGAAGGAAGGCAGAAGCUGGCACAAAGCUAAGGUUGAUAUUCCAGUGGAGCCAGCUGUGCCUUCACCCCUACCCUUAGUAUCCUCCCGGCCUGGUCUCAGAGCGAGCUUCCCCCCAGUGACGGUGGCUGUCUGGGGGGCACCAUGUCUGAGCUGGAGGACUUUCCCCCGCCUCGGGGCAUCCAGCCAGCCGCCACCACCCCUGCCGCCGACCCGGCCCGCAUCCAGCAGAACCUCCUGGAGGAGCAGGUGGAGCUGUGGUGGUUCCGGGAGCCGCGCAAGUCGCUGCUGUGCUACUGCGUGGCGGUGCUGCUGAUCCUGGGCUGUGGCUUGGGCGGCGUGGGCCUGCUGUCCACCACCACCAGCGUGUCCAGCGAGUGGCGCCUGGGCGUGGGCACGGCGCUCUGCCUGCUGGCGCUCGCCGUGCUCCUCAAGCAGCUGCUCAGCUCGGCCGUGCAGGACAUGAACUGUGUGCGCAGCCGUCGGCGCAUCAACGUGCUCAAGAGCGGCGGCCUGGCCGACCUGCUGGUGGUGCUGCUGACCGGCGUGGCGCUGCUGGUGUGCGGCGCCGUGCUCCUGGACCUGGCGCUGGCCAUGCACAUGCCCAAGCCGGGCCGGGCGCUCAACGACAUGUUCAUCUCGGGCGUGGUGCUGCUGGCUGGGGGCGGUGCCGCCACGUUGGCGGUGGUCGUGUAUGCGUUGGUGAUCUUCCUCGUCGAGCAGACGGGCCCCGGGCAGAGGCUGAGGGAGCGGGCGGUCGGGGUUUUCACCAUAUCGGGACGGAUGCGGGAGGCCAGGAGAGAGACGACCUCCAGCUUAGCCCAGCUUAUCUGAACGUGGUCAGCAGCUCAAGCUGGUGCAGACAGCGUAAGGGUGUUACCCUCAACACACAGUGGGUUUGGCGCCUCCACUGGAGCCUGCAGUGAGCUCCUCACGGUCAUUAAUGGAACAAGUGAGGAGCUGAUCCAUCUCCCCUCACUGGCACUGUAGCGAUGUUUUAUGAUAAACUGGACGCUACGCGCCAGGAGGGAAAAUAAGGAGCUCGGGGGAGAUUUAUCACCAUCCUUAUUUAUGCACCGCGAAAUCAUCUAAGGUAGAAUCAGGCCAAACGACCAAUUUCCAAGAAUGAUUAGCCGUGCGAUUGCCUUGGACGGUCCACGCAAAUGGAUCUGUCGGGAUGAGUGGCUCUAUAAGAGUCCAUAGGAAAAUUGAUCCGGAUGAAAUGGACCUUGGACCUGUAAUAGGGCAUGGCGCGCUUUCAAUUCUCGCCUCGGUCCUUUUUUUUUCCCUCCGCCUUGGACUCGCAAUUAAUUUUGACACGUCUGUCCUUCACACUUCUAUUUCAGUGGCUCGGGGAGAGCGUGGCAACAGGAGACGUCCAUCUGGAGGUGUCGCGGCUGCGUUGCGGGAGACGGCGGCGCGGGAGGCCGGAUAGGACUGGAUGACACUCUCACACGAUCACACGGAUUUGCAUGGCUGUGAAUUCAUACCUCUUUGCCUCGCUCUGAUUUUCUUUCUUUGCACAAAAGAACAAAUGAAAAAAAAAAACCACAUCAUCAUCACCAAAAACUGAGAAACUGUCGAGCUUCUCUGAUCCAGCUGCAUAUUCCAACUGUGCCACGUGUGUGUGUGUGUGUCAUCAGGCUAUGGCAUCAAAAUAAGCAGUGCUUUUAGUAUUAAUGCUCUCCAGUAGAGGUGAUCUUUUUGACCUUUUUGAAGAAUUCUUGUCUGCCUCUUGCACUUUUGCUGUCAGACUGUUCACAUGCACAGUCCUAAAUAAAGAAUGUAAAGACAGAAUCAUAUGCAUUUUGAGUGUCUCAGAGAGAGAGAGAGAGAGAGAGGCCAGUGCUUUUGCAGUUGGGCAUUAUUCUACACGACAGCUGUACAGUUCUAAGCCAAGUGCGGGUGUGUUUGUGCUAGCUCCUCUUCUGUCUGCCUGACAGUGCCUUCAUUCUUUCUGAUCGCUUUUUUCUGCCUGUCUGUGUGUGUGUGUGUCAGUUCAUAUGCCAUAUGCUAUCAUGUCUGUGCCAAUUAUACUGGUAUAUUUUAUAACAUACGUGUGUGUGUGUGUUUAUGGGGAAGUAGUUUAGGCUAUGUGUCAGGUAAGCUGUCAGGCAGUAGAUUAAGAGCCUAAGAUGAGCUGAGUCACAUAACCAGAUAUGGUGCAUGAUGCAGUGCAUCAGGGGCAAGAGCUGGACAGGGCGAGCCGGUGCUGGGCAAUGCCAGUUGCCACAGACCACAACCAGGCUAUUGUGGCACGGCCAGCGGCCACUGUUGCUUCACAAUGCCCUGCUCUAUGACCCACUGUCACCCAGGCACAGACUGGGCGCAUGCAGGGCGAGAUAAGGCGGUCUGCGUCUGGUACUCUCUUUAAGACACACUCCCCCACCCCUACCCAAGUUGCACAUGAUCUAGCGCUUUGUUUCAUUGAGACUUCUUACCAAGUGUGCAUGGAUGGAUAUUCACACAUUGGUUUGAUGUGGUUUGGGAACAAAAACGACCCAAAAACGGCUCUUUUGGUAUAAAUUCAUGCUUUUUUCCUGGAAACAAUGAGAUGAAUGAGGUCCGUGUAUUCUGUUCAAUAGUAACUGGUUGCGUGCAAUCAAGUAUACACUGAUCCAUGGAACCACACAAGCUCUAAAUAAGAAGAGCAUACACAAUUAUGUGGAAUGAUGUUAUUCAAUAAUACUGUCCUUAAUACAAAAAUAAAGUAAUGAUUUCAAACUUA